GUAUACACAAUUGUGUCAACAGUCAUCAUGCCAGCAGUUGGUGCUUUGGCACGGUGAUAGAUUCUGACAUACACAAAAUGCUACCGUGAGGCACUGGCAGACAGACAGACCUAGUUCGCUCUCUAGAGCCCAACAGGAUGUCUGUGUCCUUUACGCCUCCUUCUCAAUCAGAUAGGUCACCCCGUCGCUCCUGCUGAAAUCGUAGGUCUCGUGGUCGACUAGAUUUGUGUCGCUCAGCUCCAAGUUGUAAAAAGACACGGGAUGCGGCUGAUCAAACAGGGGGCCGGCAUGCCAUGUGCCGAUCUCCAUCUUGAUGAACGCAUCACCUGCAGAAACCAGACGCACAACACAUUCAUUCAUUCAUUCAUUCGUGAAUCCCUCAUAUGUGCCCAUCUUCUAUCCCAUCUCACCAGGUAUUCGAAAGACCUUGAGCCUCUCCACAUCAGGGCGGCUGCUGCUGAGGUCGGGAGGCGCCACGGCCAUGUACCACGGCUCGCCAUUGAUAGCACCCAGGCAUUGAGUCACCUGCUUGUGCCUCGUGAUGGUGCUGAAGGAAAGGCCCCGCUGCGGCAGCCUCAUAAUGUAGAAUCGAGGCGUGCCCCUAUCCAGCUGAAGCGCUGCAUCUUCGUCGUUGAACUCCUUCCCAUCAACCUGUGCCUGUUGCAACUGAAUCAUACACACAUAAUGAGGAAGAUGUGCGAUGAAUGUCAGUCUGUGAAAUCGCGUGUGUGCAUGCGCUGUACCUGCCCGUAGGGCUUGAAGUUGUCAACGGUGACAUUCUCCGCUCGAAUGAGCUUGAUCUGCGGCUCAGGUCCACUCAUCUCACCGUUUGGAACCAAUCGAAAACACGCGACGGGGACGAUGAGUACUGAGAGAGCCGCCAGAGGCGUCAAAGCCGUGACUUUCAUCCGA